AUGGGUGGUGCUCCUGGUGGAAAAACUUAUUUAGGCUGGUGGGGUCACCUCGGUGGUCCUAAGCAAAAGGGUAUUAUAACCUAUACUUUGUCCCCUUUUCAACAAAAGCCUAUGGCUGGUUUCUUCAAGACUUCUUUCCAAAACACUUUCCGUCGUGUUCUUAAUGAAAGUCUCUACGUAGCUAUUCCGUUUGGUGUUGCUUACUACAUCUACUGUUGGGGCAAGGAACAAAACGAAUUUUUGAACUCGAAAUGGGGCCGACACUUGGUCCAAGAGGAGUAA